AUGAUAAAAGCGAAUUGGUCGGUCAUCAUGGUGUCCUGCCACUACAAGGCUUCAUCAUCAUCCACUCGGAGGAUUUCCUCUGCCCUGAUGAAAACCAAUCGUCAUCACCACCACCACACCAUCAAUUUCAAUUCUCAUAAUCAUUUCAAACAUUAUCAUUCCGAUCGCAAUGCAUUCAUUCUAAAUAAUAAGAACACCAUGAUGGAUCCAGAAGAUGAUGAAGAGUUGAAGAGGCUAACACAUUUAGGAAGAAUUCAUGAACAUAAUUUUGAAGGAAUGGAGGAUCGUACUGCCAAAUUAGCAGAAGAUUUAUUGAAAGGAAGUCGAGUGGCUCUGAGUAAAUCCAUUACUUUGGUAGAAUCAAAAUUAUUGGAACAUCAUAAACAAGCAAGACAUUUGUUGGCAUAUUUGGCAAAAUUGAAACCCAUGAACGAGGUGAAGCCUUCGUUUAGAGUUGGUCUUUCUGGACCACCAGGAGCAGGAAAAUCAACCAUGAUUGAGGCCGUGUUGGCAGUCGAUCCAAGCAGUACCAGAACAGGAGGCUCAAUUCUCGGUGAUAAAACUAGAAUGAUAGAACUUUCGAGAAUGGAAGAGGCAUUUAUAAGGCCGUCACCUUCAUUGGGAUUUUUGGGAGGUGUUACUGCAAACAUGUAUGAAAUUAUUAGUUUGUGUGAAUAUGCUGGUUAUGACAAUAUUCUUGUGGAGACUGUUGGAGUUGGUCAAUCAGAGACUUUGGUGGCAGAUUUGACAGAUAUGGUGAUUUUGGUAGUACCUCCUGCUGGAGGAGAUGAACUACAAGGCAUGAAAAGAGGAAUUGUGGAGGUAGCUGAUUUGGUGGUUGUAAAUAAGGCAGAUGGCGACUUAAUUUAUGUAGCAAGAAGGGCAAGAGGAGAAUAUCGAAGUGCACUCCAUUACAUGAGACCAAAGUAUCCAGGUGUCUAUUAUCCUGAGGUGGUAUUGUGCUCGUCACGAAGAGAAAAUCCAAUGGAAGAGACUAAAUUUCCAGUGUCAAACGUAUGGGAAAAAGCACUUGCAUUCAGGAAAGUCAUGAAUGAACAUGGCCUUAUUGAGGAGAAGAGACAAGAACAGAGAAAAACUUGGAUGUGGAAACAAGUCAAUGAGGAAUUAGUGACACGAUUGUUGCAUGGAGAUGAGUCAACUUCCAAAUUUAUUGCAAGUAUUCAGAAUUUUGUGGAGAAGGGAGAGAUGUCACCACGUUUAGCUGCAGAUUGCAUUCUUCAAAAGUUCUUAAAGACACACAAGUAA